UGGAAGAGUUGAGCCUAUCAUUCCUUCAUUCGCUGCUUGAUGGGAGAGCCGAUCACUUCUGCAGACCCGUGUAAAUCAAUAGGACUACAUAUAAAGAUAUAUUAAAAGGCCAACUCUGUUCACCGCGACGCACUCAAGACGGACAGAUAGUCGCGAUUCAGAGCGUCUUUAAAGAUUAUUAAUCGGGGACUUACUCAGAUCAAGAGCAACAUGAGUGAGCGCUUUGAUUGUGACAACUGCAAGGAGUCCCUAUAUGGCAGGAAGUACAUCCAGGCACAGGACAAUCCUUACUGCAUCCCCUGUUAUGACAGCCUGUUUGCCAACACCUGUGAUGAGUGCAAGGAACUGAUUGGCCACGAUUCAAGGGAGCUGUUUUAUGAGGACCGUCACUACCACGAGCACUGCUUCCGCUGUUUCCGCUGUGACCGUUCACUGGCCGACGAGCCGUUUACCAGUCAGGACGAUGCUCUUCUAUGCAACGACUGCUACUGCAAUGAGUUCUCCUCCAAAUGUGUGGCCUGUGAUAAAACCGUCAUGCCUGGCACCAGGAAGCUAGAGUAUGCUGGCUCCACAUGGCAUGAGGGCUGUUUCAUUUGCAACAGCUGUCAACAGCCAAUCGGCUCCAAGUCCUUUAUCCCAGAUAAAGAUGAAUACUACUGUGUACCCUGUUAUGAGAACAAGUUCGCACCACGCUGUACUCAAUGUAAACAGGCCUUAGCAAAAGGUGGUGUCACCUAUAGGGAUGAGCCAUGGCAUAAAGAGUGCUUCGUCUGCACAAGCUGUAAAGUCCAGUUAGCUGGCCAACACUUCACUUCCCGUGACGACAGCCCAUACUGCAUCAAAUGCUUUGGCAACCUCUAUGCCAAGAAAUGCGAAACUUGUAACAAACCCAUCACAGGUUUUGGCGGAGGGAAGUACAUCUCAUUUGAGGACCGACAAUGGCACCAGCCUUGCUUCACCUGCUCUAGAUGCUCUGUUUCCCUAGUGGGUGCCGGCUUCUUCCCCGAGAGAGACGAGAUCCUCUGUCACAGCUGCAACAGCAAUCUAUAGAACAGAACUCCCAUCUUCACACGUUUCUUUACUAUUACAAAUACACAUGCUUGCAUAUACAUGCACAUGUCUCUUAUUUCCUCUCAUUUCACGCUCAUGCUGAGAAACACAGCAAACCACACAAAGCUCUCUAAGCUUUGCCAAAAUAUUCAAACAUAGAAGGCUCCACAAGCACAAAUGCAAAACACUGGAGGAUUUACCCACUGUUUACUAAGAAUAGUUUGUUUUGGCAGAACAGGCUACCUGGUUUACGAUUGGAUAAAUGAGACUUUAAAAAAAGAUGCACCAAAGAUUGGCGUUGAGAUGUGAAAGCAAUGCAGCAAUGGGCCUUCGUAGUGCCUGCGACACUUUUUUCGUUACACAAUCCAGAAUCAACACUCCAUACAUUUGUUAGGUUUCUAUGCCGAGAUAAAAAUAUCACUUUUAUUUCUUUGAGUCUGUCUACUAGUUAUUCCCAUCUUCUCUAUUUUUCCUGGCCAGCCAGAACUGUCAUUUGGCUGGUAAGAGUCAUUAAUGGGUGGAUGUAGUGUUUGCAGCCUGUAAAAGAACUCAAACAGAUCCCUUCAUAAACACCAAAAGGUCAUAAGGUUUGAUGUUCUGUUAAAGUGGCUGAAAACCCAUUUAGAAUUGUUCCAACUACUCCAUGCCAAGCAAAGUGUAAUAACAGGAGGGAAUGCACGACUAGUUUUGUUUGCCUGGGUACAUGUCAAAGAUCUAAACAUUAACACAACAUACAUUAUGUGUCAAUAAAUAUGUGACCAGAUGUUGAACAAUGUUGUUAAUUGAGCUGUUUCUUAGCAGAAUUUGUCCUCGGCAUCAAAAUACGAUUCAAUGCACAUGCAUUCAAACUAAUGGAGUCUUCCACAAAUGCAUUGCAAUUACUGUCGGAGAGGUCCAAAGAUGUGUGGGAAAAUGAAGUUUGAUGUGCAUUUUGUAUACAGGUGGAAGAUGGACUUGCAUUUGCACUAUGGCUUGAAUUAUCUGUAGAAGCACAAAACUCCAAGAUAUAGCACGCAUACACUGUAUAUACAGUACACAAACUAUGUACUAUUCUUUGUUCAUGUUCUAUUCUUAAAUUUUUUAUAUAAUUAAUUUGUCUACAUUAUGGCAUCUACAGUCAUCAUUUCUUAUUUUUUUACAAACAUAUGUCUUCUCUGUGUUAAGAGUGAAUGAACGAUCAAAAAAGUGAUUACAUUUGUGUCAUUGUCAUUGUCAAAAUGAUAGUAUGCAUGUUGUCCAACUUUGUUCUUUUUACUUCAAUCCAGCUUAGACAAUGAUCAUUGUUUAUUUUUUAUUGAUGGCAAUUUUACUAGUUUGACACUCAAAAUACUUCUAAAUGUAUAACUAUAUAUUCACUAUAAGCUUUGAAGCAGGAGAGUUAACAGUUGGCUAAUGUAUAUUUCUUGAUACAUGAUUCAAGCUUUGGACGUUUGAGGUGUGGUAAAAUAUUAAUUUCAUUUUUUAAAUGUGUUUAUAGAUUGUUUGUGAUUAAAAAAAUAUAA